CCAAAUGUCAGUGAGUUGUCAAAAGCUGGUUUAGAAUGAAAAUUUGCCUCAAAACAAAGUGGACGAAAUGAAGAUAUCUUUUUGAGAAAGAAUCGUGUUAUGCCCCCGUUGUUUGAGAAAGAAACGCUGUUCCUUGUAAAGUUAGUGAAAAAUACUCGAGUGUUACAGUGCAACCGUUCCACUCUGAUCGUUAUCCAGCCAAGCGCAGUGGUGGUGGUGUCUUGCGGGCAGCCGUAGGGUCAUGUAAAUUCUGGAAGGAACACACAAAAAAGCAUCAUGUCUUGGCAAAACAAUUGGUCGGCAAUGCCACCGCCGGUCAUGAAUCCGCAGUAUCCACCGCCAUUGCCCACGGCCCAUACAAUGCCCCCAGCUGUGCCGCUACCGGGCUACGGAGCGGUCAAUACCGAUCAGUACAAUCAAUGGCAAUGGCAGCAGUACCAGCAGCAGUACGCCCAGUGGUAUGCAAUGUACGGCGAAAAAUACGCACAGCAAACGGGCAGUGCGUUGCCGCCUGUGGCCGCUCCGAUGCCGCAAAGUGUGCCGAACGUGUUAGCUAACCCUUACGUGGCGGCUCCGCUGCCGCUAGGACCAGCCUUUGGUUCGAUGAGCAUGGUUGCUCCACCACCGCCCUCGGAACCACAUCCGGAUGAAUUGCGGAUGGGCAGAAUUACCGAGAAACCACCUCCGCCGGAAGAGAAAAGUCCCGAGGAGAUCGCCUUCGAUGAGCAGUUUCGCAAAUGGGAGCAAGAGUUUGAAACGUGGAAAAGGACGAAUAUUAAUCACCCGGACAAGGCAGCGUAUCGCGAGUACGAGCAAAAGUAUGAAGAGCAGCGUAAGAAGUUGCUUGAUCAUCGCGAACAACUGCGACGGAGAAAGAGGGCGCAUAGUGCCGCGUCCCAGCCUCCCCAUAGCUCGGCUUUGUCAAUCUCGCUACAGAAACCACCCCCACCACCACCGCAAUCUGCACAACCACCUCCGCAACCUCCCUCGGAACCCCCGCAGCCAUCACAACCACCAAGGCCACCCGGACAGGAACCUACUAACUGUACUUCCAAUACUACGCCAGCAAGCACUGGUGGCAUGGCUGAAGAAAAUACUCAUCAAGCUGGAAGCGAUGCGGCCAACAGUAUGCAUCUACACAAUUUGUUCAGCAGUCCUAGCAAGGCCGGUCGCGAUGGCGGUAUACCCGGUCUGGAUCUGAUCGACGAGACACCUCAACCGGUUCCCAAAAAGGCAAAGUUGGAUGAAAAUGUGAUUGAUCUGUCAAACGAAGAGGAAGAGCCAAAGCCCAAGGAGACCAAACCUAGCCCGGACAACAUGAUCAGCACGCUACUGAACGAUCCAAAUGUGAACGCUCUGUUGCAACUAGUGGGAAAAACAAUUUCAGCAAAUGGUGCAGGCGGCAGUGCCAGUGGAGCAAAUGCGCCAAAUCCUCUAGUUGCCGCUUUAGCUCAGCUAACAAGCAACACUAGCGCAGCUACGUUGGAGCCGUCGAUGCCCAACGAACGGCCAGCUAAUGGUAUGGUUGAAAGAAAUGAACCACAUCCAAACGCGUCUAGAUUUAACGGUUCAAAGGAACAACCGCCAUCGACGAUGCAGUCUGGUGGUGGCACGACAGAGGAAUGUCCCACAGCCGGCUUUCGUAACAGGCCGCAGGGUUUUAAUCCGUAUGUGCCUCCGCCACUAGUAGACGUUGAUCUUAGCCGACCACCUCCUAUGCUACUUCCUCCUGGCAACAAUAGACCACAGCGCGAUCGGUCGAGCAGAAAUUCGGACGCAACGUCUGAGAAUGGGUCGUUCAACGAUGGUUAUUCAGGCGAUGGGUCACCGUUGCCCAAAAUACCACGUUUCGAUAGACCGCCACCAACGUUCGCAGCCAAUCAUCCAGAGUACGAGAUCGAUCCGGAACUGGGUCGUCCUGUGGCCGUGCCAAAACCGGAGUGGAUGACGGAGGAAGAGUACCAGGAAAUUUACGAUCGAUACGAACAUGUGCAAAGCUUCGAUGAGCGUAAAAAUAAGAUGCUGCUAGCGAUUCAAGUUUUGAAAACGUCCAAAUUACGUGCCGGUAUGUUGUUAGAGCCGCCGCCCGACGAGGUGAACCGGGCGCCCGUUGCAAUGCCCAAACCCUUGCCACCCGUUAAGACACCGAUAAAAAGUGAACCUGUCGAUGACUACUUUCAACCGCAGCAGGUGUUUGAUUAUUCCAACUGUAGGAAUACAAGACCGGUAGCCAGUCAACAAUUGCCGACAGGGCGUGUUAUAGACUACGGACACCGUGGCGUCAACCAGUACACUGCAAACAACAAUAGACUGAACAACAACAGUAGGCGAGCCGAAUUCCGUGGAAUGAAUAAUAACGCUCGGGGAGCGAACGAAAAUGGAUUCGGCACUAAUACGCAACGCUUUGAUUACAACCAUUCGCGCGUGGCAAAUGCACCACCGACGACUGCUCCUUUGCAGCAGAGUCAACAAUGGCCGCUAUCUAAUCAGUCUGCUGCGCAAGAUCGAUCCGUGACGGGUUUGGAACGAUUGGCUCAAAUGCAUCUGAAUCCCAAUCCUGAGGAAAGCAAUCCCAACUAUCCAAGCAAAUUUCUUCUGAUGAACGAUAACAGGCCUAACUGCCUUAGCACAAAGCGUGGUAAGCGUCCGUCGUCCAUUCGCAAGCAAAAAUUGAAGCAAUUGCAACAGCAGCAGCAGCAGGAGCAGCAGCAGGAGCAGCAGCAGGAGCAACAGCUGGAUCAGCAGCAACAACCACAACAACAACUAGAGCCAACAGCAGCCCAACCGGAGCCAGAACCAGCACAACCCGAGCCAAUGCCUAGCCCUAUGGUGUGUAAACAGGAGCCGGAGAUGCAUUUGGAAGAUUUGAGCUCGGAUGAAGACGGCUUGCCAGAUGGUGAUGAUGGUUUUGCAUAUCAAAGCAAUGACGAAUGUGUGAAACCACCCAUCAAACAAGAGCUCUUGGACGAUCGUCCAGAAUCUCCAGUGUCAUCACUGUCCUCGCAAAAUCUUUCCCCAAUACAGAUGAUCGAUAUAGAGGAUCUGCUACUGCCACCGGGGCGCUAUCAGCGACCACUGCGAAUAUGCUUUUUGAUACGUGGCCUACCGGGAAGCGGGAAAUCGCAUCUAGCGCGUCUGAUUAAAAAUAAGGAGCAAUCGUUUGGCCAAUCUCCACGGGUGCUAAGUCUCGACGACUAUUUUCUGGUCGAUAAAGAGGAGGAGGAGAAAGAUCCCGUGACGGGAAGGAUCACAAAGCUUACUAGAUCGCUGUACGAGUUUGACGCGGAAAUGGAGGAUGUGUAUGUGCAGAAUCUGCUGAAAGCAUUCAAGCGUACGAUUUCGGAGCGAUUGUUCGAUUUUGUGAUUGUCGAUUGUUGCAAUCAUCGGCUGGAAACUUACUGUGAAUUUCACAAUUACGCGCGAAGCAACGGUUUUAAGGUGUACACGUGCACGAUGCAAACGGAUGUGGAAGAUUGUGCCCGGCAAAAUAUUCACAACCGAACGGAGGCGGAGAUUCAAGCGUACGCCGACAAUUGGGCCAUGGCUCCGGAUGAUCACGUGCAAAUAAAUUUCAACUCUCUGCUGGAACCGGAGCUACAGGAAGAAACGGACACGAUGGUGGCCGAUAUGGAACUAGUCGGGGACGAUGAGGAGGAGCCGUACGGAGUAGACGACCAGGGCCUGUUGGAACAAAUCAGUACAUCACACGACGACAGUAACGACAGCUUUGCGGAUGGUACUGCUGAGUGUGACUUGUUCGCGAGUAAAUGGGACCACGACGCCAGUGAGCAGAAUUUAGCGAGGCUGGAUGGUACCAGCAAACCCUUGAAGCGACCACCCACACUGGAGGACUAUCUGCAGCUGGACGACGUGAAUGCCGACGAGCAGCACGAGGACGAAUGCCAGGACGGCUCAAAGUCCGGCGGGAAGAAGAAACGCGUACGAUGGGCCGAUGUCGAGGAGCGCAAAGCGCAGGAAAAGAUGCGUCAACUAGGAUUCGUGGUCGGCGUCACGGACUGGAGGCGCAUGAUGGACCCGUCCGAAGGAUCCAGCGCGCUCACGCAAACGAAGUACAUCGAGAGGGUGAAGAAACAGUCCUAGGAGGACGGAUGUUUCAAUUGCGCUGAAUGUAGUAAGUGAGAUGUAGGGGGAGCUUCAAUGGACUGAUUUGGGAUUUCCCCGUUGAAUGUGAGUGGAAAUGGAAUGGCUUCCUGUAUGGGAACUAGGAAACAUUGUGCACGCGCAUACUAAUCGAUCAUUAUUGCAGGUGUGUCGAGCAGGGUGUGUCGCAUAAUAUGUUUUUUACGUUUGUGUGUGGGUGUGUGUUUUUUCGUUUUCGUACACCGAACAAGGAUCCGGUGUUGGAACUUCAGCAAUUAGUAAGACAAAUCGUGUUUUAUUGGCAGUUAUGUACGGUAUGCUACACGCGAGAGCGUUCAAUAGAAAUAACGAUCUGAUUUUCAUCACAAUGUAUAGCUCAAUUGGUGAAUUGCAACUGCGCAAUAAACAGAACAGAAGAACUUGGCUACAUAAUAGAACGCACACGAAGCUUUUG